AUGGCGCUCCAACAAUUCCUUGGCUUGUCGUUUCUUUUUCUGCUCGUCACCGCAUGCUUCGCGACGCUACAGACGGAAUCGCCCGUGAAGGACGACGCAAAGGCUCCCAGCAGUGCGCCCUUGACUGACUUCACAUCCAACACGGAGCCCAUUGGCUCGGAGAAACGGAAACCCACCGGCGCCGCGCCGUGCCCGUUGCCAGAUGAGGAGAAGUCUCUGGCUCUCGGAAAUUUGACGGCGAUUCUCGCCGCGCGGCUGAACGGAUCCGAAGUGGUUGGGUCGACGGGCGAUGUCAACGCCACUGGUCGAAUCUGCCUCGCCGUCUUCGAGUUUGACGGGGAAUUUAAUGUCUUCUACCAUGCCCUCGUUUCCACCUCCAAACCGGGCGCGCCGACGUCCGCCUUCGUCGCGCUAGGCACGGCGGGAAAGGCGGGACCCAUUGUCCUCAAGAUUGCCGGAGCCAAAGCCAAGUGGACGAAUAAAACUCGUCUGCCGCCUCCCUUUCUUUUGAUCGACAAAACGAACAAUCCACCCCCGCCUAUGUACACCUAUGCCUUUAAGGGGACGUGGCUUAACGCGAGUAGGAUACCGAACGCGUCGAUUGGGAAGUCCGUUAAGAGCGUGGUGAAUCUUUUGAAAUCGAAGACGAACAGCUACUAUGGGGGAUUCUCGACGGCGUCUUUCACGGCGGGAGCAGCUAGGGGGCAGUUUAAGAGCGAGCCGCUCCCACUAGUAGGGGUGAUGGAGGCGCAACUCCGUGCCUUCAAUCUUCACGAGAUUAUGGAACCUGACUUCAAGGCAAAAGGCUGCGUCUCCCUCGCCGUCUUCCGGCUCCACUCCCUCCUCCCCUCACCAUAUACCCCUUAG